AUGGACUUGGAAUCGAAUGGGACUUCUUUUGCAAGAUUGGGUCAAAUCAUCAUGAAACCCAUUUAUAUCUUUAAUUGUGAUCAUGUUCGACCUGGAGAUGUGGUUCUGGAUUUGGGAUGUGGGGGAGCGAAUCAAUUGUGCAUGUUGGCACAAAUGCAUCCAUCGAGUGAAUUUAUUGGUUUGGAGUUGAGUGAUGCAAUGAUUGAAUUUGCUCGAGAACAAGUUUUAGAAAGGAAGUUGAAAAAUGUGAAAAUUAUGAAAGGAGAUAUGAGUAAGAUUUAUGAGAGUGGAUUGUUUGAAAGAAAUAGUGUGGAUGUGAUGGUUAGUACAUGUACUUUACAUCACUUGUCAGAUGAAUGUCAUUUGGAAUUGACAUUUAAGGAAAUUUGUAAAGUGUUAAAGAAAGAUGGAUGUUUGUACUUGUAUGAUUUACUUCAUGUCAAAUCCAAUGAUACGAUUCCAUUACUCUCAAGCUUACAUGAUGAAGAUCAGGAUGAACAAUACAAAUUGGAUUAUGAAAACUCAAUGAGAGCAGCCUUCCAUAAAGAUUCCAUUCUCAAAGUUGUGGAACAAACAUUGCAAUUAGAAUAUGGAAAUGUUUCGAUUCAUACUACUUUUGGAAUUAAUUUCAUGUUUUGUAUCAAACGAGAGCGUUCGAAUAAGGAUGACAUUAAUUCCAUUGAAAACACAGAAGAGAAAAUUAAACAUUUGAAAGAAUGUUUAGAAAGAUUCAAGAAUGAAUUGAAAGAUCCAAGUUAUCACAAGAGUUUGAAAGCUUUGAAAACUCUCUUUCGUCUCAACGGUUUAAAGUCAAAUUAUUUGUAA